AACGUAUAAAUGGUACAAAUCAGCCACCAUACCCAUGCGUGAAUGCGCUUUGUUCAGUGUGUCGCUAUACAAAAUAUACCAUGUCAAGCGUCAGUUUGUCAGUUUCUUAUACCUCGGUGUGGUUGCUACACUUGUCGGCGCAGGGAGACUGAACCCAAACAUUAAUUUCUCUCUGAGGAAGUGCACUUGAGGAACUAAGGAUGGCGACAACAGUGCUCGGAGCUGUACUCUUGGUUUUCGUGAUUCAACUGCAGAUCGGGGUUACGCAACCACUGGACAUCAAAAGUGAUGCUGACUGCAGACUGACAGCUGAUUUGAAGCGUCAAAUUAACGAUGUAGAAAGAAAUCUGAAAGAAGAAUUCUCAAAGACCAUCAAAGCACUCAAGAUGGAACUAAAACGCAUAACAGAGUGUCCAAAAGGCUGGAAGAGAUACCGGUUAUCUUGUUACAUGAUAAAUAUUCGGAACUUAAGUUGGAAUGACGCAGCUAAAGAAUGCCACAAUAUGUCUGCACAUUUAGCUGAAAUUGACACGAGGGGAGAAAAUGAUUUUAUACAAAAUAUGACGAACGAAAAUAGUUCUGGAGACCGACGAGUCUGGUUGGGAGGUACUGACAAGACAAAUGAAGCUACGUGGAUCUGGAAUUUUUCUGGGUCACCUCUGCGCUUUAAACAUUGGAUGAAGGGAGAACCUAAUAACCAUGGCAACAUUGAGGACUGUAUGGAAAUGUCGGUCGUUAAUGGCGAGUGGAAUGACAUUGAAUGUUCGAUACACCAUGUCUCCGUCUGUGAGAAAGAUCUGUGGAUGUAGUUGAUCGUCACGUGACUAUACAGUGCCCUAGUUAACAAUACCGACCGCUCUCUGUAAAUAAUAAGAUGAAUUAUUUGUACCCAUGAACUCCCCCCCCCCCGACAGUGCAUGCAUAUAUUUCCUCACAAACUUAAUGGAUAGAUUUGUACAUGUAUUUUGCUAGUGUAUGACAUUGAUAUACACAUUAUAGAUAAUUCUAAUAAAAGUUUAUUUGAUUUCAAA